AUGUUUUUGAAAUUCCUAGGCGUUUCUGACUGUCAUUUUGUUUUAGACGAACUUCAAACAUCUAGCGAUAUUCAUCUUUCCGCUCUUCCUGUGAAUACAUUUGGACCCCCGAUACGCCCUUCGUCCGCUCAUACACCCCCAAGCUCUCAACUCCAAUACCCUCUUGGUCCAGCUGUGCCUCGUCACUCCACACAGCGAAGAAAGCGUUCACCUCAAACCCAGGCUAGGCAAGCACUUAGAAAGGAAAGAGAGCCUUCUAUACUAGGGAAUUGCAGUAAAGAGAAAGAAGCAAAACAGCUUCUGCAGCUGAUUGAAGAGCCAGAAUUAGCAAAUGGGCCUGGUGCGUACGUAGAACUAAAAGAUACAUCACCCGUCUUUCGAAGCGGCCACACUUCUAGCCACAAAUCUCGAGAGGAUCACUCAGCUCUAUCAGAGGACAGCAUUCUCCAGUGUUAUGGUGAAACUAGUCAGUCGCUUCAGCUACCUCAAAAUCGUCACAAACCCCAUCAUAAUCAUCACCAGCACCGCCAAUCGCGACAUGUUGAACCGCGUCAUAACCAACAGCAUCAUUCAGUUUCCAAUCAACAAGAGGUGGAGCCAGACAUGAUUUUAGCGGAAAUACAGGUGCCAGUGCCUGCCUUGGGGCCAACUAUGUCUCUCAAACAUACUCACCAGAAUAUCCAUUCACCGCAUUCUAGUCAACUGGCAUUGAGCGAAUCUUUAGUAUGUAAGGAUCAAGUUGAAGCUCCUAUGUCAAGUGGAAUCAGCCCUGAAGAAGAGGUGAGUUGGCUAAUCAAAAUUUAG